AUGGGAUAAUCAUCAAUUACAGUCAUUGAUCCAAAUUAAAAUUAAAAUUACUCAAGAUAAAACACUACUUAGGAGGUGGAAGAGUAAAUAAAGCGAGCUUUCAAACAAGCUUCUCCUUAAGGAAGAUUAACAAGAGAUAAAUUUAAUGAAGCACUCGGGAUAUUUGAAAGUAUAUAAUUGAAAAGGUUGAGAGAUACUCCUUUAGCCGAUAGACUAUAUUAAUUAUUAGAUAAAGUAUCAUUUAAAUUUAUAUUGUAGAGUGAAGAAGGAUACAUAACUGAAAGAGAAUAUUUGGAAGGCAUCACAACAUUGAUUAAUAAUAAAGAUAAAAGGAUUACAUGUAAUCUAUAUUAGUGUAAAGUUAGAUUCUUUUUAAAUGAUUGACAAAAACAAAGAUAACAAAAUAGAAUUCUAAGAGUUUUAUGAUUUUGUGAAGGAUAGCUGGUUGAGUGCUUUUAGAUUAUUAGGGGAAAAAGUUUGUUCAGGUCAGAAUCCAUAUUAAUUAACAUAAUCAAAAAUAAAUGCUUGGGCAUAAGGAUAAUUGAACAAACUUUACACUUAAGUUUAAGAGCUCUUUAUAAAGUUUGCUUAAUAGAAUGUAUUUUAUAAAUAAAAAAUAAGAACUCAAUGGACCCAACAGUGUUUAGAUAAUGGGUUAUAAGCAAUGAAUUUGGAUUUAUCAAAGCAGAAUUGGGAAAUGAAUCUGUUUAGAUUCCACUUCAUUUAUACAGAUUAGAAGAAAAAUGAAAUUAUAAAUAAUUAAUCUAUAAACA